AUGGCGCUAAGUAAACCUAUGGAGAUGAUGGCGGCGGCCACUGCCGCAGGUUGCGGUGGCUUCCUUUCCACAAGUUUUCUUUACCCUCUGGAUACGCUCAAGACGCGCAUGCAAUCAGGGGCUUCGCUUCUUCCCGAGGACGAGGAGGAGGACGCCGCGGCGCCAAAGAAGAACAAGCAGGUGGCCCUCAUCAAGUCGCUGUACAAAGGCAUCCAGUACAAGGCGUUGGAGUCUUCGACCUCCAAGUUUAUGUACUUUUAUGCAUACACAAUGCUAGCGCAGAUGGUUGCGCCCAAGGACGGCAAGCCCAUUGGCACGAUCAUUGACUUGGGCAUUGGCUACCUGAGCGAAUUGUGUCAUUUACCCAUCACGAUGCCUAUGGAGCUCGUGGGUACGCGUAUGCAGACCGGCUCAGAGUCUGGUAGUAUCCUGCAAAUUCUUCGGUCAAUUGUCAAGGAGAGCGGCAUUGGAGGGCUCUACAAGGGAUUGGGAGCCUACUUUGUGCUGUGCCUGCAGCCAGCAAUUCAGUACACGGUGUUCGAGCGACUCAAGGGCGUAUAUCUGCGCAAGUUCAAGCAGGCUUCGCAAGCACUUGGAGCGCUGGAGGCGUUUGUGCUGGGGGCUAUUGCGCGUUCCUUCGCGACACUCGUGCUGUUCCCAUACAUCCGCGCCAAGAAGGAGACCAUUGCGUCGACUCUGCAGCGCGUGUACACGGAGGAGGGCCCGCUAGCGCUCUACCGCGGCCUCGGGCCAGAGCUCACGAGGGGCGCGCUCUCGUCCGCGCUGAUGCUCAUGAUCAAGGAGAAGAUCCAAAUGUACAUCACGCUACUCAGGUUUAUCGUCAACUCAGCGUAG